GACACCAAUGCUGAUUUAGCAUCUGUCCUACCCAGUAGCAGUCUAGCCUAUAUCCUCUCUGUCUGUCUGAGAGUGAACAUGGUGGCAUAGUGGCUGUCCAGAUAAUGAACGCUAAAAAAGAAAAUGAAUUGAGCUCAGCCAUCGCUCGAGCGAAGGAUCUGGAUGCUCGGCUAAACUCCAGGGAGGCUGAACUGGCGACCGCAUUACACGCGCAGCAGAGUUUGGAGAAAGAACUUCAAGAAUCCAAGGAUCAAACAACUUCUCUUAAAGAGCUGCUGAAAAGUUCUAGAAAUGAACUUCAGAAUGAGAAGCUGAAAAGAGCAGAAUUGGAAAAUCAAGUGAAAUCUUUCCGAGAACAAGUGGCGUUUCUGAAGAGCUUCCAUGAAAAUGAACUCAAGAACAAGAAGCAACUUUACGAGAAUAGGAUUCAAGGGAUUGUAUCUGGCCGUCAACAGGAAUAUGACGCUAAACUAAUGAAUUCUCUCCAGGAGCUCAGAAAAGAGCAUGAACAACAAAUCAAGGAAUACAAAGAUCAUUUGGAACAAAAUUUCCAAGCCAAAGUAGAAAAUGCACUCCUUUAUGCUGAAAAGAAGCAUGAUCUUGCUACUUCUGUUCAAGAGGAACUGAAAAAAACGAAACUGAAGGUUGAUAAUCUCAUAUCACAGAACAUCGGAUUGCAAGCCAGGAUCAAAGAGCUGGAGACUAAGUUAAAGGAACUGCAGAGAGCGAUCGAUACCGAGCGUGACUCCUCCAAAAGACGCCUAGCGGAAAAAAACAGAGAGAUGGCAGAGAUGCAGCAACAGAUGCAGUCCCAGCUGGAUGAAUACGAGCAUCUGUUGGAUGUGAAGUUGGCCCUGGAUCUUGAGAUCAAUGCCUACAAGAUGUUGCUGGAAGGAGAAGAAAAACGUUUGAAACUCUCCAAAUUCUCCUUGGAAAGUGGGGAAGCGGAGAAGAGAAGCGAUGGGAGUUGGACCACCGUAAGUCAUGGCCACCGCCUCUUCUUGCAAGGAAAGAAACGGAAACGCGCCUCGGCCAAGAAACAGGCUCACAGCCUGAGCUUCAAAGUGGUCCAGCGAGCAUCUUCUUCAGGGAGCAUCUCCAUUGAAGACAUUGACAUGGAAGGAAUGUUCAUCAAAAUUAAAAACAAUUCUGAUAAGGACCAACUACUAGGUGGAUGGAUGGUUAGGAAGCAGCACAGAAACGAAUCUGACACUAUGUAUGAGUUUCCUGCUCAAUUCAUUCUUCAGGCUGGUCACGUAGUAACUAUCUGGGGGAAAAAUGUGGGUUUAAACCCAAGUCCUAGCACUCUGAUUUGGGAAUCCCAAAAGUCACGCAGACUUGGAGAGAACAUCGGUAUUGUUCUCCUCGACGGUGAUGGGAAUGAGACUGCAGAAGGAAUGGUCAUGUAUCUGGAAAGAGGAGAAGGUGAUGGAGAAGUGGAAGAUUCUGCAGAAGAAACAAAACUAGGGAUUCAUAGCCAGCAGAACGAGACCAGCAGCUGUCCCAUAAUGUAACUGGAAGUUGGUGCCUUACUUGAUAAGCUUAAAACGGGGAUGCCCAGAAUUGAAAAUUGCUCCAGAGAUGUUUGGCUCCGCCCGGAGAGUUGAUGCUGUAACUUUUCCUUCGUUCUUCUCGACUUCAAGGACAAGAUGGCUUGUGACUCCUCACGGCCAACUAGGGAAAGACUUAUAUGCAAGGAUUAAGGCAGAUGAAUACCAUCUUGAGUAUGACUAUCUUGAAGUUGCCUCUAUGAGCCUUAAGAGACCUUCUCUUUUUUUUCUGCUAUGAACAAAGCAAGAACCUCAUCUUGCUAAAUUAGAAGGAUAGUAAAUGCACUGUGUUGUUUAAUCAAGUGCCCGGGCCUUGGUUAACUUGGUUGCUUAUUUUGCACAAAGUGUGACCUUUUGCAGGAAGUCUCUCAACCUUCUCAUUCCUCUAUAAAUCCUUAUAUGUAUCCAAACAAAAGCUCGACUUUUGCAAUGCCAGUUUUGCAAUUCUAGUUUCCUUCAAUAGCUGGGGAGAUGGUCCAACAACCAGGCCACGUUAAGGAAUUCCUUUUGCUCCAAUUAUAUAUAGUAGCCAUAUACUAUCUGCUUCCUCUCUUUUUUAACAGAAAGGGCCGAAUCAGAGCAUGCUGGAGAUUUGUCUAGAACAGUGUUGGCGAAACUUUUCGGCACUGAGUGCCGAAACGGGAGCAUGUCAGAAACCAGAAAAGCAGCCGCCCGGUGCACAUGCGCAUACUGGGAAGGUGAUGAUCUGGUUUUUGGCGCACGCAUGUGCACCCGGCCAGCUGGUCUUCGGGCACACAUGCACGCCAGAAACUGGGAGACCAGGUGGCCGGUGCACAUGUGUACGCUGGAAACCAGAAGAGCAGCCACCUGGCACGCGCAUGCACACCGGGUAGCUGCUAUUCCGUUUCUGGCACAUCUGUGUGUGUGAAGACCAGCUGGCUGGUGCAUUGGAACCUGGAAGAACAACUCUGCGUGCCACUUCCGGCACGCGUGCCAUCACUAGAAGUUGCCUAAUGCCAGUGCUGAUUUGUAAUAGGAAAAAGAGAGCAGGGAAAUCUUUCCUUACUCUGUCCUCCUUUUAGAAUGGACCCGAAGGACCGUCCAGGGAGGUUAAAAGUGCCCAUCAAAUACCGCAUUUCUUUUCAAUCUCUUCCGGCAACAGCGGACAAGGAACGGUAAACCUAAAACCCAGAAUGAUUUAGGACUCUUGUAUUAAUUCACGGCCAAAGAAUGCUUCUGUUCCUACCAGCCUUGUGGGGUAGGACAGGGUUCUUGAACCCAGUGUCUUUUUUUGUCUGGAAGGCUUCCUUUCAGGUGGAUUUUCUUCCAACGGAGACUUUUAGAAAUGGUUAAAUUAUUAACGCCAGUGGUUUCUGAUAUUUUAGCAGACCCGAACAGUUUGUUGUGCUGUUGAGGUGCUUCUACUUGCGUGUCGGCCUUGUUAAAGGCACAAAUCUGGUAAAACAUUUGCUUUCUAUUAAAGAUACCUCCUUUCA